CCCCCCAUCACUUCAUCACAACUCAUCCAAAAAAUUCAAACAAUUCAUAUUGCCAAUUAUGAAGCUUGAAGGCUCGCUUCUACUCUUGACUCUUGCUUUGGUGUUAACCACCCCCGCUGCAUCAGAUCCUGAUCCUCUUCAAGACAUCUGUGUGGCAGACCCUGCCUCAGGGGUUAAAGUGAAUGGAUUCACCUGCAAGGAUGCUGCCAAGGUAACUCCGUCUGAUUUCUUCUCAGACAUAUUAGCCAAACCGGGUGCCACAAACACCACCUAUGGUUCCAUAGUGACAGGAGCCAACGUUGAGAAAAUCCCAGGAUUGAACACACUUGGAGUGUCUUUGUCACGCAUUGACUAUGCCCCAGGAGGGUUGAACCCACCUCACACACACCCACGUGCCACAGAAAUAGUGUUUGUGCUUGAAGGGCAACUAGAUGUUGGGUUCAUAACCACAGCCAAUGUGUUCAUAUCAAAGACCAUCUACAAGGGUGAGAUAUUUGUGUUCCCAAAAGGCUUAGUUCACUUCCAAAAGAACAAUGCAAAGGAACCUGCUUCAGUCAUUGCUGCCUUCAACAGCCAAUUACCAGGGACACAAUCCAUUGCUCUCACCUUGUUUACUUCCAAUCCACCUGUUCCAGACAAUGUGUUGGGCCAGGCUUUUCAAGUGAGUACCAAGGAGGUUGAGAAAAUCAAGUCUAGGCUUGCACCCAAGAAGUAGUUGGAUGUUUAUGUUGGUGUCAUGUCCUUGUCUCGUUCUUUUGUCAUUUCUUGUCACUUUUCAAUUCAUGCUUGUUUGAAACUCAUAAAGGAAUUUAUUAGAAUUAUUGGAGCAAAUGGGGCAUAUUCAUUCCUUUGAUAAUUGAAAUUUGAAAGGUUCUUGCAUGCUUGUUUGCUAUUUUAUUAAUAAAAUGGGCUAUCAGUGGAUCUUUCCAGUGUUGACUUCUUAAUAGUAGUUCUUCAUACCUUGCAUAUUGUUCUCCUGUGGAAUUGUGAAUGAAUGUUAAAAGUUAAUGCC